CCUCAUAACACAAAAACAUCAUGAACACUUCAUUUCAUCUUCUUUUUUCAAAUGCAACUUUCUUUUUCAUAAACUAAACAAAAAAAAAAGUAAAACUAUGUCAAACUCAGAAAAGUUGAAUUCUGUCCAAUAUGUUCAUACAAUAUCUGAGGCCGGUCGCCUUCUUCCUUCUGCCAGUCGUUGGAAUUCGAUCGAAUUGGACUUCAAUCUCCUUCCUAAAUCUCCCUUCAAUGAAAAAAUUGAGUCUUUACCAUCAAGAUUUUCAAAAUCUAUUGAUUUUAACCUGUUUGUUAAAGAUAAAAUCCAUUUCAAAAGAUUCGUCAUUAUAGCAGCCCUCUUUAUCAUCAUUAUACCUGCACUUAUUCUCCUUAAGCAUUUUUUUCCUCCAAGAAAUCAUCAUAAUGGCUCUUCCCAUAACAUCACUCUUGCUCUUAACAAAGCUCUUCUCUUAUUUGAUGCUCAAAAAUCGGGGCGAUUUGUGGAGAAUAGUUUGAUAAGGUUUCGAGGGAAUUCAGGGAUGAAUGAUGGGAAUAGCAGUGAGCAUUUAGAUCUUGUUGGUGGUUUUUAUGAUGCUGGGAAUAAUAUAAAGUUUAGUUUCACCACAGCUUAUACUGUUAGUCUGUUAAGCUGGACAGUGAUUGAAUAUCAUGAGAAAUAUGAUCAUAUUGGAGAACUUGAUCAUGUUAAGGAUAUUAUCAAAUGGGGUAGUUUAUAUUUACUUAAACUCUUUGUUCCUCCGAAUAAUUCUUCUAGUGCUUCAGCCAGAAUCUACUCUCAGGUUGGAGGGAAUAAUUCAAAUCCUGAGAAUGAUCUAACAUGUUGGCAAAGGCCAGAAGAUAUGAAUUACUCAAGGCUUGUUUCGGUUUGUGACAUUAGUUCUGCCUCAGACUUAGCAGGGGAAAUGUCAGCCGCAAUGUCAGCAGCAUCUUUAGUACUGAAAGAAGAUGAGAAUAUUGCAGAGAAAUUGGUGAAAGCAGCAGAGGAAUUAUUCAUUCUUGCAAUUGGAACAGAGAAGCAAGGAACAUACACGACGAAUGAUGAUUGCGGAGGAAAAGCUAGGCAAUUUUAUGACUCAACAAGUUACAAAGAUGAAUUGGUUUGGGGUGGACUUUGGUUAUUUUUUGCUACAGGCAACAAAACUUACCUUAAGUAUGCAACAGAGAACUUUGCCUCAGCUGUAAAGGAACAGGUAGAUUCUGACGAAGGUGUCUUUGAUUGGAACAACAAGAUCACUGCUACAUCGAUUCUGCUAACAAGGAUUAGGUACUUCCGGGACCUUGGUUAUCCAUAUGAGUCUUCGUUUAUAUCAUCGACAAUCAAUACUGACUUGCUCAUGUGCUCUUAUACUUCUGAUACAAAAUACAGCAAAACAGAAGGUGGAUUAAUCCUUUUAAAGCCAAGUACUAAUCCACCACUACUCCAGUAUGCUGUGACAGCUUCCUUUCUUAGCAAAUUGUAUAGUGACUAUCUCCAGCUUUUGCGUACAACAAGCAGAAGCUGCUCUGAUUCUGUGUUUUCUUCGGAAAGUUUACAAAAAUUCUCACAAUCACAGGUGAAUUACAUACUAGGAGAUAACCCUUUGAAGAUGAGUUAUGUGGUUGGAUAUGGUGAUACCUAUCCGGUUCAAGUACACCAUCGAGCUGCAUCGAUCCCUUGGGAUGGGAAACAACGUAUAUGCUCAGAAGGGAACCAAUGGCUCAAUUCAGAAAAGGCAAAUCCAAAUACCCUUUUGGGAGCAAUGGUUGCAGGACCAAAUAAGGAUGAUGUUUUUUCGGACGAAAGAAGUCAACCAUGGUUCACAGAACCAAAUAUAGCAAGUAAUGCUGGUCUAGUAGCAGCACUGAUUGCACUUCAUGAUCCUCCAACUGGAUCUUCUAAUCCAAUUGGAGGUAUUUUAGGAAUUGAUAAGAAUGGUAUGUUUGAAAAUGUAAAAGAAUUCUCUUAAGCUUCUUGCAUAAACAAAGAUAUGAUAAGGUGCAAAAGGAAAAGAUCAUUAAAGCGUAGAAGGCAAUUUGUUUGUCUAGCGUUGCUUUGCAGGUAUAGAUUUUGCACAAUUCUUAAAAAAGAAAAAAAAUUAAUUAGCAGUAUGAUUUGAUUAAUAUAUUCCUUAUUAAUUCUUAAUCUUUAUCUAUUUAUGUGUCUGGAAAUCUUCAUCUAUUUACGUAUCUUAAUUCUAGAGUAAUUAUUAUUAAGGUAGAGCUGAAAAAAGUAGUUAAUUAUUUCUUAUUUUUUUUGAAAUAUGUCAAAUAUUUUGAGAUGAUAUUUUUUAAUAAACAUGUCAACUAUUUUGAGACGAGGGAAUAGUCAUUUAAAACAAGAGAAAGAUAUAAAGUCACCACUGAAGUUAUCCCGAAUUUGCAAAAAAACACUUAAAAUUUGCCGGUGUCCUAUAACCCUAUUGAACAAUUUUGAAGUGGUAUUAUUAUCUCAUUUUUGAUCAAUCUCAAUCUUAAGAAGAAAGUAAUUGUUACACAUCAAUCCGUAAUUACCAUGUGUAAAAAGGCAUAAAUCACCAAAAAAAAGGAAAAAAAUUAUUUCUUUUGAUAAAUAACUUUUAAAAACUUCCCAAGCUUCACUCCCCACCCCCACACUCCAACCUAUCUACUUCUUCUUUCUCUAUCCCCCUUCACUACUAAGAAAAGAAAAAAAUUGCAGAGAAUUGAGGAAGAAAAGGAUGCGUCAAAUUGUGCCACUGCUCCAAAAAUCAAUUGUCAUUUCUUUGUCAUCGUAAAAUAUUCUUUGAUCGAACAAAAUGGUGACUAAUAGUGAUCAUAUCUCUCCAUUUCUUUUUCAUUUUUCAUUACCUUUUAGUCAUUUUCUUUGAAAAAAUAAAAUAAUGACAAUGCGUCACACCGGUCAAUUGCUCCUCACCACUGGUCAAUUUCUUCGCCGCUGGUCAUCCUUCAACAACCACGAUCAAUGUCACUGCUAUAACCACCUCCUACAUAUUUAUCACCAAAUUAUUGUUAAGUUAUCCUCAUAUUAAAAAUUAGAAAAAUCAAAAUCAUCACCAAACUACAAUAAAAAAUCAAAACCCAUUACCAAAGUUCAUAAGAAGAAUCAAAGGAAAUAAUAGACAAUAUAAUGAUGAAUUAUAGAAAAAUAUUGAAGAGAGAGAGAGGAAAAAGAAGAUACAACAACAACAACAUACUCAGUAUAUUCCCACCAAGUGGGGUCUGGGGAGGGUAAGUGUACGUAGUCCAUACCACUACCUCGGAGGUAAAAUAGAGAGGUAGUUUUCGAUAGAUCCCUGACUCAAGAUAAAAUAGUAUAGCUAAAGAAUAGUUAAUGGACAAGAUACAAUAGAAAUCACCAUAUCCAAUAAUACCAUAUACAAGAUUCACUAAGGAAUACAACAAAUGAUACAAUAUCCUGAAAUAAUACUAACUUUUUAUCCUAAUUUGCCUCCUUCACAACUUCCUAUCUAGGGUUAUGCCCUCAGUAAGCUAGAUCUGCUCCAUGUCAUAUCUAAGAACCUUCCUCCAAUAUUUCUUCAGUCUAUCUCUAACUCGCUUGAAAUCAUCCCUAGCCAACAUCUCAUACCUCUAUAUUGGGGCAUCUGUGUCCCUCCCCAUCACAUGACCAAACCAUCUCAACCUCAUUUUCCUUAUCUCGGCUUCCACCAAAGCCACUCUCACCUUAUAUCGAAUAACCUCAUUUCUAAUCCUAUCUUUCCUAAUAUAUCUACACAUCCACGAAGGAUUCUCAUCUCUGUCACCUUCAUUUUCUGGAUGAAGGCCUUCUUGACAGGCCAACGUUCUGCCUCAUAUAACAAAGUCAGUCUAACCAUGACUUUGUAGAACUUGUCUUUAAGUUUAGGAGGUACCUUUUUGUCACAUAAGAUUCCCGAGGCGAGCCUCCAUUUCAUCUAUUCUACCCCAAUCCGAUAAGUGACAUAUUCGUCAAUCUCUAUAUUUUCUUGAAUCAUAGACCCUAAAUACUUGAAACUAUCUCUCUUGUGGAUGAAAAAAGUAUCAAGCUUAGCAACCAUUUCCGACUCAUGAGACACCUUGCUAAAAUUAAGGGAGAAAGUAACUAAGAUUCAGAUAGGGUAAAUAAUUGGGUCUUCUUAUUGAAAAAGUAAAAUAAAAUAAAUAAAAUUAAAAAUAUACUUUAAUGAACAAAUAUUGAAAUAAAUCUUAAAAUAAUUAUCUUUUUCUUAUCUCACGCACCAUUGGAGAGUGUACUUCACUCUAUCUUUCACGUAGGCUUGAAAUGGGAUAAUAAAUCCACUUUGAAUAAGAAUAAGGGGGUAAUAGGACACCCACAAAUUUUAAGUAUCUUUUUGUAAAUUCGAGACAACUUCAAUGAAGUUUUAUGUCUUUUCUCUAAAAAUAAUAUCUUUUUUUCUUUUUUGAUAACUCUUUAAUUUCAACUUUCCACAUGAGUUGCUUAAGACCACAAGAUCAAAUGAUAUUUAGUACAUUAUAUAUAUCUUUAGUUUAAGAUCACAAGAUUCAAACUUCUUUAAUUUUUUUAAUUUCAUGUCAAAUCAAAACCAGACAAACAAACUGAAACAUAAGAAGUACCAUUUACUUGACAUUGUUUCGAUAAUUAAGGGUCAUAAUCAAAAUGAGUUAAUCAAUUCUACCAAGGAUAUCUAUGCAUGAUUCUUUUUUCUUUUGAGUUUAUGAUAACAUCCUAGAACUCUCUCAUUUUUUCCUACUUUCUUUGCUUUCUCUGCUCAAAUGGAAAAUUUAUUUUAAUUGAACAUCACAUAACACCAUUUUCUAAUUAUCAACUUUCAAAAUUCACAUUUUAUUUUCCUCUUUAAUUAGUUUUAUAAAACUAAAGCAUUGAGACUGAUAUGGCCCAAAUUAUAUCUCCAAGAAAAUACAAUACGAUUGUUAUCAAAUAUAGAACCCAACAAAGGUUGGGGCCAUAGGGAAUAAGCUAAAACUUUAUUACGAAUUUAUUGAAGUAGCCAAAAAGUGCAGAAAAGUAAAUGGGGGAUUUGCAAAGACAAUAAUAUUAGUAACAGAUAUUGAUUGCUUUAGAUUGAAAUCAAUAUGAGAUGAAUACUAGGACUGUGUUCUCCUUGACUUUCUAACUUCGUAGACUUUUUGUACUUCGUCAAACUAUCUCAAUACCUUGCAUGUAGAAUCUGACAAGAUAUGUAUCACCAACCAUCUUGUGAAUGCCUUUGGUGAAUUUCAUUCAUCACCUUUUGAGUCUCAAAGUGUCACCUUACUAAACCUUGCCGUGGAUCCCAGAUUAACUCUUUUUUUAGGUAUCAAGUUAAUUAGAUGAAGUUUAGUAGCUUCAAAUUACUGUUGUAAUCUUAUUUUCGUAAUCUCAACUUUCUUUUGAAGUAAGUAUCGAAUAUAAGUAGGUUCUUAACAUCUGUAGUCAUUAAGAAAGCAAUCAAAUUGAAGAAGAUCACAAUACAUAUAAGAACAUAAUCAAGAACGACUUUUCACUUUCUCUACUUCGCUAUUCCAUCAGGGUUCCCACAACCCUAGUUAGUUGGUUUAACUACUCAUGUUUGCAAGAAAAUCUAUUGAAUUCAUGAAAGAAAGCAUAUGAAUAAUCUUACAAAAAUUGAAGAAUAAAAAUACGAAUCUCAAAUUAAUAUCCAACCAUAAAAAACAAGCACAAUGGAUUCCAAGAUCAAAAGUCGAAUCUCAGAAUCAAUAUAGUAUUGUAAGUAUAUAGAGUGUAUAAAAUAAUAAAAAAUAUCAAAAGGAUAUUUAUAGGAUACAUCAAACCCUAAAAAUCCUAACCAAAAUAAAAUAGAAAAAUAUGAGUAGGCAUCUACCUACAGACCCACUUACAGGUCAUAUGUGCUACUUACAAACCUUAGGUGGGUCGUAGGUCUCAGAAGGAAUCAUCAGUUUUUGGGCCUUCCACUUAUGGGAGGUACCUACAAGGGUCAUAGGUGCUACUUACACCCCCUUAAGUGCCUCCUUAACUCUCGAACAAAAACUUCACUCUCAGAACUUAGCCCUGACACCUACAAUGGAACCUAUGAGAAUCAUAAGCCCCACUUCCAGCCCGUAAGUUGGUCUGUAAGUGUGUGUCUCUGCAACACUUCACUCUUUUUUCCCCUUUUGCAACUAACCCUAUUUUCCUACAAACCAAACACAAAAAUACAUCAUAUUCAAUAAAAGUGACCUAAGUACUUAUAUAAUUUUCGAUUUAAGCAUCGAAAGUUCCAUGAAACCAUGA